CAACUUUGAAGUAAACAUGUGAACCAUAUCGAUAACAUGACACCAUAUAUACCCCAAUCAAUCAUUUCGCCUUUUCAUCGCCGCCAAUGGAAACCUGGUUCAUCAUCGUCGUUACACUCUGCGUUUCCGCCUUACUCCGGUCACUCUUCCGCCCUAACCACCGCAACAAACUACCACCAGGACCGUCCUCUCUUUCCUCCACCCUAUUCUUACUAACCAAUUCACUUUCAGAGCUCGAACCAAUUCUUAAAAACCUCAGGUCCAAAUAUGGACCACUUAUCACUCUUACAAUCGGUUCUAGGCCUUCAAUCUUUGUGGCCACACAUUCUUUGGCUCACCAGAUUCUUAUACAAAAAGGGGCGGUGUUCUCGGACCGCCCGAGAACCUUGCCCGUGCGCAACAUCUCCUCAUCUGCCUACGGCGCCACGUGGCGGCUCUUCCGACGCAAUCUUGCGUCGGAGAUGCUUCACCCUUCCCGGGUGAAGUCGUACUCGUGGGCCCGCAAGUGGGUCCUACAUAUCUUGAUUAACCGCUUACGCGAUCAGGGGGCUAGUGGAAUCAAGGUGAUUGAUCAUUUUCAGCACGCAAUGUUUUGUUUGUUGGUGUUUAUGUGUUUCGGGGAGAAGCUAGACGAGGAUCGUAUUAACGCAAUUGCCAGCGUACAACGUCGUUUGUUGUUAUUAGUUGGUUCAGGACGGUUUAAUAUACUCGGUAUAUUCCCAAGAUUGGGGAGGCUGUUGUUUGUAACCAGAUGGAAAGAUCUUAUGCAAAUCCGUAAAGAUCAAGAACAAUCGUUGCUCCCAAUUAUUGAAUCUAGAAUCGAAUCGGUUAAAUCUGGAUCGCACAAUGAAGGAAUUGUGGCAUAUGUUGAUACUUUGGUGAAUCUAGAGCUUCCUGAGGAGGAUGGUGGUAAAGAAAACGGUGGAAAGCUGACCCAUAAAGAGAUGGUAAGCAUUUGUGGUGAGUUUCUUAAUGCGGGUACGGACACCACAUCUACCGCGCUACAAUGGAUCAUGGCUAAUCUAGUGAAGCAUCCUCACAUUCAGAACAAGCUCUAUGACGAGAUUGUUUCAGUUGUAGGGCCACCACCAUCGCCACCACGAAAAGAGGACGAGUUGGAGCUAGAUUCGGUUAUAAACGAAGAGGAUCUACUGAAAAUGCCGUACUUGAAAGCGGUGGUUUUGGAAGGGUUGAGGAGACAUCCACCGGCCCAUUUUGUGCUGCCGCAUAGGGUCAUGAAAGAGGUAGAGGUGCAAGGCUACACGAUCCCACAAGGUGCGACUAUUAAUUUCAUGGUGGCUGAAAUGGGUUUGGACCCGAAUGUCUGGGACGAACCCAUGGAGUUUAAACCAGAGCGGUUCUUGGUGAAUGAUGGUGCGUUUGAUAUAACCGGAAGCAAAGGGAUAAAGAUGAUGCCUUUUGGUGCUGGACGAAGGAUAUGUCCUGGUUCUGAUUUGGCUUUGCUUCAUUUGGAGUAUUUUGUGGCGAAUUUGAUUUGGUAUUUCAAUUGGAGUGUUCCUGAUGGUUAUCAUGUUGAUCUUUCGGACAAGACCGAGUUCACCGUUGUUAUGAAGAACCCUCUCCAAGCACAAGUUUCUUCAAGGGUUGAGAAGAUAAGCCAUUAGAGUUGAUACAUGCAUGCGUAUCUAUAUCUAUAGGUUUAUAAUGUACAAAAAUAAGAAGUCCCUCUUUAUUCUUCAUGUUUAAGUGGUCUCCUAAUGCAUACAUAGCUAUUUGAAUUUUAAUAUAUGAUAUCAUUUUACUAGAAAUAAUCUA